UUGAAAAGCAAAAAUCGAAAAUAUCGAUCCUCGAUCCGCUUCCGGCGGAACACCGUCCAUCCCACCCCAGUCUCGACGCACACCCCGCCUCGCCUGGCACUCCUUAUUCUGACAGCGCGCAUGACACGGUCAUGGAACAGAUCUGACUGCCCAGCCUGUAGAGUGGGAGCUGGAUUCGACGGAUCGAUAAUCUCCCGGCCCCGAGCGCCGGCCGUCCCAAAGCCAUGUCGGCGCCACCAGCCCGACAUGGCCAAUCAACAUCACUCCACGAGCGGUCCAACUCGCAAACCAGCAAACCCGGGAUCCGCCUUGUCCCGUACUCGCCGCCCCGGCUCGAUCCCGAGGACCGGGCGCCAAGCCAGGCCUCGUCGCGGGACCGGACCUCCGGGAGCUUCCAGGACCAGUCCAGUAGCAACGUUUCGCACACCAGGCGGCCCAGCUGGAGAGAUGAGGUGACAGAGAGCCGUUUUGGUGGCCAGGGGUCCGCGUUGUCAUCGCCCACGGUCCGGCGUUCCUCAUUGGUGAGGCCUGGGGAUGAGAGAGUUUCAGGGGUGAAACCUCUGCCCAACCCCUCGGUCUUUAGCCCCGCUGGGCCAACCACACCGAGGCUGAGGUCACCGUCUGACGUCGUCUCGUCUCAAGUCGCGGGCCAUGAAGCAUUGGCGGCGCGGCGCACUCGCGCAGAUUCUUCGCCGUCACCUUCUGCGUCACUUGGUUCCGCCACUUCCCAGCACCGACGCUCUCACUCGCGCCGAGGCACUUUGCGCCUUGCCGUCCACCCUAACGGGACCUUCUCCCUCGUUCCCGAAGACCCGCAGCACGACGCGUCUGGCAGCGUCGCCGGGAGCCUCACGUCGCCUCAUUCGUCGUACGCUUCGAGAUCCCCUAGUGCCCAGGACCGUCCCUCGAUCGACACGUGGAGUAAUCGCCGUGCGAGUACCCCCCUCACGGGCGCAAGCACCGUCGUGCUCGACCAGAGCUCUUCUGAGCUCCCCCGUUCCACUCCCUCGUCCCGCCGUUCCUCGACCACGCAGCUGGCCGAGGAUCCCACUUCUUCGUCCCCCUGGAACUACCGCCUCGUCGGUGGCCUGCGAAAAGUGCCCGCCACUCCGGACAACAAAGGGAAGCAGCCCUUGUACGGCGCAUCGUCGACGUCGUCGUCCGAGACACAGCUCGCUCCGCUAGCGGAAAAAACCGCCCCGGCGAACGACGAAAAGGGCGACGAAUCGCCAACUCGGUCUGUCGUGCCCAAAGCAUCCUUCACUACCUCCGUAACUGCCCAGACGGUCGAGACCAUUUCUGAAGCGACGAAUUACAAGGUGUAUGGCCCCGCCUCUGCUGCACAGGAGUCCAGCGAUAGUCUUGCGUUCAACUCCGAAACUCCCCCCAACUGGGAAAUCUUGGGUCAGUCGCCUGCACCAGCGUCCCAAAGCAGCUCGGCCGCGGCAUCGCAGGGCGGCAACGAAAAUUACGUGCUACACGGCCCUCCGUCCCUGUCACCCUCGUCGUCCCUCGCCACUGUCGCCAGAAAGCCACGCCCCGUUUACUCCCAGGAGAGCUUGGUUGUUCCACCGCUAAGACCGAAGAAGAGGACGUCAUACGAAGGUUUCGGCUAUUACAAGCAACGAUCUCGCGAAACCCUCCGCUCCCGCACCGGUUCCGUUCAGUCGCUCAAGAGCUUAUCCUCCAUCAUCACGGGUCAAGACCCUACCCAGGUGUUCCUGAAGACGCCAGCGGUGCUCGGUCUCGGCGCAUCGUCAACUCAGCGCUUCUCAUGGUCGGUUCCCCAGACGUCCGAGUCCGGCGCGUCCACUUCCCAGGCUGCCCACACCCUCCAAGCGCAGACUCCGAUGCUGCAGUCACAGCCCCACCAAUGGAGCUCCCAGCUGUCUACAGUCAUGUCGGAGAGCGAGCCGGGUAGCGAUCCCGCCCGAUCUGUCUCGCCGCUCUCCGAGGGGAGCGGAGGUCACCACCGCCGCGGCAGCAGCACCGGCUGGGUGAGCUCCAUGCACAGCCGUCAGAUGGCGAGCGUCUCCUCGUCCAUAGCUGGACAGCUUGACGAGGCCGCGGCUACGCCGGGCAGCGACUCGCUCGAGAGGCCGCAGCCGAGCGUCGCGAGAGCAGGACCCUCGCAGAUUCGCAUGAUCCGAGACCAAGACGAGCAUGGGGAUGGGCUGGCGGACCUGGAAGAACGGCCGUCAAGGACAGGACUGUCUGCACUGUUCGCCAACGGUUCCGGAUGGAACCUCCAUUCAAACUCGAGCUCUCGCGCCAACAGUUUCACUUCGUCGAUCCCUGCCUGGGCUAGGGUCUACUACGGAUCCGGCGAACGACGGUUUCUCGGCCGGCGUCCCUCUUUUCUGACCAUCUCUGAGAGCGGCGACAGCCGACCGCCAAGCUCUGGCUUUCUCGGCGGCAGCGAGUCUCCGAACACGGACAACUUUCCCCAGACCAUCUUCAGUCCGAGGAAGCGCCCAAGGGAAGUCCAACCCAACGUUGAUCAGCAGCCCGCUCCUGAACAGGCGCCCAUGGAGACAUCGCCGGCCCCUCAGACCCACGAGUUCAACGUGUUCAGGUCAUUGAGGCAGAAGACUUCCAGCAUCUGGUCGCCACAUCUCCAGACAGAUCGUCGGGCAAAUCGCUACAGCGUAUGGGAUCCGCCGAGCGUGAGCUGGUCGGCCGACAGCGGUAUCUUUGGUAGGAGGAACGCACAGGUGGUGCUCUUCAUUCUUGGGUUUGUCCUUCCUCUGGCAUGGAUGGUUGCUGCUCUCCUUCCCCUGCCUCCCAACCCCGACCUGGAAUCAGCCCAGGCCGAAAACGGCAAGAGCAAGUACAGCCCUACUCAUCCCGCCUCUCGUAAGCAGAGAUACGUCCUCGAUGAGGCAAGGUACCAGAGUGCCAGGUGGUGGCGCAACCUUAACCGGGUCAUGUCCAUCAUCGGCCUUCUCAUUAUCGGUGCUGUCAUCGCUCUUGCUGUCGUUGGCGUUCGGCAGGGUUGGGGACAACCGAGGUGAAGAGAACCCAAUAUCCGCCACCGAAGUCACCCCAGCAGCUCUGCUCACCAUCCAGCACGUCGCCUCCCAUGCGCUGUCGAGUCCAUCAGCAGCACCCACGCUUUCGAAGCUCGCCAUCUUCAAUCUUGGUAUAUACAUACGUACACAUGCACAUGCC